CAGUAGACCAAGUUGUACGCAUUCGAAGUCCUCUAUCUAGCCGUCAGAACAAGACGGUCCCUGAGACUCUAAUUGUAAGCACUUUGUUCCACGCAAGUUGGCUUUUCGUGCGGCGCACAAACCGCAUUUCUCAAGUCAACACCGCUCACGCGCAAGCGCGACAAAUAAUGAUUUUUGCUGUCCAGAUUACCCUAGAGCUUCCUGUGGUCUCCAAUUCCGAACGCUCACUUAAAACUGGAUCUGUGCUCCACGAGGACUGAAUCAGGUAGUCUGAUACGCGACACAUAACAUUGCGCACGCCAACAGUCAAGAGCUAGGUACUCUUGCAUCCCUUCACAUGUCACUUCCACCUUCACAGCCCGAUAUCUGAGUAUGAGACGAUACCGAAUAUGGCCAGAACAACACAGACUGCUGGCCUCUCUCGACAACAAGCCGUCUGUCAUACAUAAUUCCUCACCGACCAUGCUGGACAGCUGGUAUACCACAACAAAAAUCGGCCAGUCAAUCAUGGCUGGUGUCCAAGAAUGUACGAGUUACGGCAGAAUCAACAUUGGCUCCACCAUCUACUCCCCCACAAGCUCUGCUGCUGAACUAAGAGCCAGUUGCUCCACCGGCUUUUCCAGCAGUUUGGACAAGUUGUUCAAGAUCUACGGUAGGAACUGGGAUGAUACAUUGGGAAAUGGUGAUAUUCUUAGAGACGCCUCGGUCCGCCGCAAUGGGAAUGAUGUUAGUGACUGUGAAUUCACAUCUCCUCCUAAUGACGGUACAACAUGGGACUUCUUAGCCAGUGGUCAGAUGAGUGGCAUUAGUAGUUGUUAUGGACAGGCUGCUAUAGACGCUGAGGGUUGUAGAGUUGGAGGUAGCAAGACGAUGCCUUCCAGUAUUUGAAAAGCAUAACGGCAAUACACAUGGAGAGAAAUCAUCCGGGAUAGUGGAACCAGUUUACAGAAGGAAAAAUUAAGCUUCCGUAAUUGGUUUCGAGUGUGGUGGAUUCUCAUCUCUAUCGACGACCAUCUCACGACGCCAAAUUUAUCACUGUCAAUUGAACAGCCAUAUCAAAUCGCUCAAUGCUGCUUAUCAGUGUCGUUAUCCAUUUGGUUACCUUUUGGCAGGCACAUAUGGAUGAAGGCG